CCAAGGUGUCUGUAGUGAGAUCUAGCUCAGGUCAGAACAUGAAACACCGCUCUCUUAUUACGCCUACUUCUUCAGUUCAUCACUGAAUUAGCCUGAGAGGCUAUAAAACGACUCAUCAUGAAGCCCACAACACUACUGAUUCUGACGUCACUACUGGCAGGUUGUGCGGUCGAAAUCCAUGGACAAGAGAACACGGGACUCACGAUCCCUGCGUCGCUCAGGGAUUGCUAUGGCAACGCAGAUCUCUAUUCCCGAAGCAAGAGACUGCCGAUGACAAUGACGACACUUAUCGAGUUGGUACGCAAGGUGGAACUCUAUAAAGGCGCAUACUUCGAUCUUCGGACUUUGUCGGUGGCGUUACUGCACAGGUUCCGGAUGGACGGUAUUGAACGUAUCCCAGACGUUUCGGAAUCUCCUGGCGUCGUGCCCUUCCGGGUAACAGGACAUCAGUUUCCCAAGCACAAGGUUCUCUUCCAGUUUUCUUGUCACUUACAGUGUACACUGCACUUCAUGCUCUCCAGCGCGGUGGAGCCGUGGGAGCGAGCUGACGAAGACGAGGUGUGUUCCAACAACUUCAACGGCUUUGUAACAGGUGGCAGCAGUAAUUCGUUUAGUCGAGAUCCUGACUAUCCAAAGGCGAAUCUUCAGAGCUCACAAGUGAGUCGUUGUCCUAUAGAAGAUGGCGUGGUUCAUACCUCGAGGUGGGGCACGGUGAGUCCCGGGACUGUGCUGGCAGCAAUAGCAGCGGCGCUCGAACCCCAGCAGGUGCAAAUCUCUCUCCUGCUAAACGAACCGGUUCAAACUAACGACACAGAUAAACUGGAGAAGUUCGAACGUUACAGACAGAUGACACUAUUGGCGCAACUGCACAACACGUGGGCUGCUACUCUGGCAGGCGACCUAGCAGAGGUGGCUGUGUACCAGGGCCCCAGACUGAAGGGCGACCUCUACCUCGGGCCGGGCGGUACGUGGAACGACACGAAGAUUCCUCGUGUGCACUACAUGGACCAAAGGAACGGAGGUUUUUGGCAGAUGACAGACGCUGAAGCCAGGGGAGGUAUCGAUGGGCUGAUCUUGUCAGGGGCAGUGCAGAGCUGGAAAGAGCAGCUCAGCCGGUUGCGUCUCUCUCAGCUGCUAGAAAUGUACUACUCGGACCGCGGAGUGAACUUCGACACGCAGUACCGCGCAUGCGAGCGUCAGGCAAGGCUCGCGGAGAUACGAGAGACGAGCGACUUGCUGCUGAUACAGACCAUAAACUUCGCGCGGGUGCUGUCCUACAAGUCUCCAGAGGCCGUCCAGAUCUCGGACGAAAAGCUCGAAGAAUUCAGCUCGAAAGCCCUUCAAGCAUAUAACAGUCAUCUGUCCAGUCUACUGAGUGCUCUUCACUGUAACGAUCCCUUACCGUUCCCCAGAGUGCACCUGGACGUCAUUCUGGAUGGUACCUGGACAACAUAUGAAGCCAUGCAAGUCCUGGCGUACCUUGCGCAGGAGGCAGACGUGUCGUAUUAUGGAAGCAGCAUGGCAGUUAUGAAUGGAGAAGAUGCAACCUGGAUUCUUCGUGAAACACACAACGCCUCUGAUUUAUUCAGCCUUCGAAACAAUACAGAAAACUCCUCGGAUGUGACAUGGCCAAGAAGCCUGAAUUUAAAACUGUCGUUAGCCACAUUCAGCAGCUAUCUGGCUGAGAGGCUGGCGGAACAAAGAAGAAGAAAUGUAAUUGGUGGUCCUAGUCACGUGAUCCUCGUCCUCGGAUACACAGCCACAAUUAGUGACAGGGACCACAGAGAAAGCGUUCAAAUAAUUUCCAGAUUCAAACAACAAAAUCCAGAUGUAAGAUUCGUUUUCCUGGCGUCAAAUAUCAACCACCUCCGCUUCAAAGAACUAUCCACGAUUGACCCUUCCUACCCUGAUGUAACGAUCGCUUUACCUGACAGCAAGGUGGAAACAGUAGUCACCAAAAUCAUCGAAAUUAUCACCACAAUUCCCGGAAGAAUCACGGGCGGCUACUGUGACGGCAGCAGUACUGAGACCAGAAGAAACGGUUUCGAAGGUUACGUCACAGCUGGGUUUCCGCUUACGUACCGCAUACAUCCAUUGUACCUCGAGCACUCAGGUGACGUCACCUUGACGUUCCAGGGCAGUGGUCACGGGAAUCUACGCGCAUGCGUGUCACGUGACCGGGGAAGUACCGGGACGGACUGCAGCGAGGUGAAGAACCUAGAAGAGAUGGCUCUCAAGAUCUCCUCGCCUUGCGCGAACUACGCGUACCAGUGCCCGCCAGUGUACCUGACCAUCACUGUAACAAACACCUUGACGCGCUGUACAGAGGAUGACUGCCGAUAUCCGGAUCAAGUGAGAUUCUUAUUACAUCAGGAGGGCCUCAGAUGCACGAGGAAUCCAUACUCAGCCGACAGUGACACAGACGUCGCACCUCGGUCAAAUUCGGACCUCACUCUACACGUGAUUCUCCAAACCGUUUCACUCGUACUGAUUUCUAAGUUAAUAGCAAGGUUCUAAGCUAGUUAUGCCAGGCUAAAACAUCCAAACUUCAAGAAAUAUUAUGAUAAUAUUUACACUGCAUAAUAAAGCGCUGAUUUUGCUAGGCAGACAUAUAUAUGGUUCUAUUUAUGAAAUAAUCUCUCCCCAUUAUUUGUGUGCAUUCAUAGAAUCCAAACCAUCUAUGUUAUGUGGUUAAGAACCAAGCAAUAUUAGGUAUAGAAUGAGUAAAUGAAAAGCAGAUAAAAUUAGGCUAUCUUUUAAAUUUUAAGUGAGAAAAAAUGUUGAGAUUGCAGACCAGUCUGUCCUGUAACAACUAAACGCAACCUUUUUGAGAAGCCGCUGGUCCCUAUCCUGAGCCAGACCAUCCU